GGUGUUACCGGAUCCGGAAACGUGUCUAAACAGCAAAAAUGGAUGCCAACAAUUUUGUGAUGUCUUCGUACCAGUUCGUGAACUCGCUCGCCUCCUGCUACCCGUCAAAUAAUGCGUCCCAGAAUCCGAACGGCGGCCAGGGUCCCGGUGCCAAUGGUCCCGGUCAGGGCAGCGAUGGCUACUUUCCUCCCUCCGCCUACACCCCCAACCUGUACCCGGCGACGCCACAUCAAGCACACUACCCUAGCCCGCAGUCGUACAAUCCGCUGGCGGCGGCAGCGGCCGGAAGUGGUGGGGGCGGUGGCGGAGGUCAUCAAUCGAGCGAAAUGGUCGACUACACUCAGUUGCAGCCCCAAAAGUUCCUCCUGAACCAGCAGCAACAGCAACAGCAACAACAGCAGCAGCAACCGUCCGGCCUCAGUUCUCAGAGUUGUAAAUACGCCAGCGAUGGCGCCAGUAGUGCGACAGGUACAAACGUAGGUAAUAACACUAGCAAUAAUAAUAGUACCACCAGUCCCCAAGACCUUAGCACCGGAGGAGGAGGCACCGGAACCGGAAGUAGUCGGCCGGACAUCUCGCCCAAACUGUCCCCGAGUUCGGUGGCGGACAGUGUAUCGCGGACGCUCAAAUCGGCCAGUGCGGUGGCAGCGGCGGCCGCAGCAGUGGCGGCCUCUGUUGGUGGGGGCAAUGGGCCCGGAAACCACAACAACAACAGCAGCCAGAUGAGCAACCGGAACCAGCAGUCCGUUGUCAAUCUGCCGCUGGGGAGUCCCGAUGGGGACGAAUCGGACGCGAGCGAUGACGACAGUGGAACCGAGGGUGGAAGUUCGCAGGGCGGAGGCAGCGGCGGCAAGAAGGGUUCCGGACCACCGCAGAUCUACCCCUGGAUGAAGCGAGUGCAUAUCGGCCAAAGUACAGUAAAUGCCAACGGCGAAACCAAACGGCAGCGGACGUCGUACACGCGCUACCAAACCCUGGAACUGGAGAAGGAGUUCCACUUCAACCGAUACCUGACCCGGCGGCGGCGGAUCGAGAUCGCCCACGCGCUCUGUCUGACGGAGCGGCAGAUCAAAAUUUGGUUCCAGAACCGUCGGAUGAAGUGGAAGAAGGAGCACAAGAUGGCCUCGAUGAACAUCGUCCCUUACCACAUGUCCCCGUACGGCCAUCCGUACCAGUUCGAUAUCCACCCGUCGCAGUUCGCGCACCUGAGCGCAUAGGACGCGUGGCACUUUUCGGGUACUGGUUAGAGACUCAACCAGCUGUAUCAGGAACAAUAUCAGGGAUAUCAAAACAACCAGGACAGUAUCGUCGGGGGCGGCGGCAGCGGCGGAAGUCUGUUUGGUGCAGGCAGCACGACGCCGUCCUCCGAUACGGUCAAGUAUAAUCAGGAGUUUUGAUUUUCCCCGGUCUAGGCCUGGGUUGAUCCUCCGUGUCAAACGGAAGUGACAAACCCCAGGCCGCCAACCGAGGACUGCCAAAACUCCGGACGCGCCGAGCGCUGUCCAUCAAUGCUGUGUAGAAUCUAUUGUCUCUAAAUAGUAGUUUAUUUAAAGAAAAAAAAACGUAAUGAUAUCCCUGGUAGGACCUUGAUUGUUAACGGCUGCUGUUGAGCAAAAUCUUCGGCUAGCAUAUUGUGAAUCACCUUUCUUCGAUUUUACCCCCCAAAACGUUGCCGGUUGACCGCCGGACUGUGCGUGCUCGGUGCCCUAACUCUAUCCUCCAUCCCAGCGUAUCUGUGAAAACUCUUAAUCAUUUGUAAUGCAAAACUGUACCCAACUGUUGUAAAUAUAGGUAAAUAAAGGAAGAAGCUACUUAGCGAAACCUUGCACGUACACUCGCAACCUCGAAACGGACUGGUCCAAUCGGCAACGCGGUAAACUCGAAGAAAGCGUACCCAACAAUUACGCAGAAAGUUAAGGAAUGCAACGAGAUCUUCUCUAAUCAGUAUUCGAAAAGCAACGCCUCGCGUUCUCCGCGUAAGGCAACUCCCCUUCUCCCACUGUAAAAAUCCUACUAAUCCCCAUCCCCAUUCUCCCAGAGUUUUUUUUUUUAAAUCUCAAAACAACCACUUUCAUCCAGUCGAUCCCACUCGGAAAACCCUCGAAGGCAGAAGACGUCAGACGAAAAGAAAAAAAAAAACACCAACAAAACAAAACAUGGAAGAUUCCUUCCCACCCGGGGGCAGCUUAGCAAUCAUUCGAGAGCAAAAACGCAGCAUCACUGAAACUAAAACAAACAAACGGGGGGCGCAGCUUUGCGUUUCGUGAUCACGUCACGUGAGACGCAAAAACGGUGGUGGCUGGUUGGUUGUUUUGUUCGGAUUGGAUCUUGAGGUUGAGCUUGCCGCACCUCUUCUUAAUUUCUAGGGAGUCGAACAUAAUCUUCACCUCUUGGUACAUAACCUUGAGAGAAAUAUUACAGGCAACCUGAAGAUUGCAUAAAUCGGGACAGUUGUAAUGCUAGAGUCUGAAAAGCGGGUGAAUUUAAAAUUUUUGAAUAACGCUAAAUGGACUUUUUAAAAGUUGAUUUUGGGAAGACACUAUACCUAAUCCAACAUGUUAGCGUAUUAUUGAAGAUCAUUUUUUGUAGACAUUCUAAAUGUCUCCAAUUUUCAAACUAAUAGCUUUUUCGUUUAUUUUCCACUGGCACGGUGACAGUGGCAAACUUCAUAAACAAACAAAAUCAUCACCCGGGACGAUGCACCUAAAUUAUAUGCAUCGUCCCGGGUGACGAUUUUGUUUGUUUACGAAGAAAAAGUUUGCAACUAAACCAGUGAAAAAUAAACGAAAACGCUACUGGAAACUCGUGAUUUUAAGAUUACUACGAAUUGCAAUUCAGAGAUUCACUCAGACACGUCUGUCGCUCACGAGAAUAGAUCAAUGACUGACUUUGUCUGAAUCAAAGCAAUCGAAAGAUUCCUUUUAAUUCAACCACGGUAAAUGAAAAGUUCAUAUACCAGUAUUUCGAUAACCGUGGUUGAAUUAAAAGGAAUCUUUCGAUUGCUUUGAUUCAGUUGAAUCAUUCAACCAAGUAGGCUCAUACCACAACAGACUGACUUUGUUUUGUUUGUUUUGCCCAGUGUUGCCAAAAUAUAAAACAUUGCCAUAGAAAUUUAGUUUAAUUAAUUUUUCUUCAGUGUCACGAAUUGAAGAUUUAUAUUAUUUUAUUUUAUUUAUAUAAAAAAAUAAUUCAUUGUCUGCAUAUCUUUCAUCUCAUCCCUAAAUAAGGAUGACGGAUGAAAUGAAGGAUAUGCAGAAAAUACAUAAAGUUUUACUAUAAAUAAAAUUAAAUAAAAUGAAAAGUUCAAUUCGGCAACACUGAAGAAAAACGAAAUAAAACUCAUUUCUAUGGCAACGUUCUGUAUUUUGGCAACACUAGGCAUAACAAGCAAAAUAAAAUCAGCCAUUUAUCUAUUCUUCUGCGCGACAGACAUGUCUGAGUGAAUCUUUGAAUUAAGAUUCGUAAGAAUCUUAAAAUCACGACGAUGGCGUGGUUGGUAGAAUAAGCAUAAAAAGCACAGAUUUUCAAGGCUGCUGGUACGAUUGUUUGUUUAUGACUCGGCCACCGGUGAAAAGACGGAUUGGCUGAGCGAGCGCCGAUUUUUAAGGCUGUAGCUACGAAAAAAUUGUUUCUGAUUCGGCCACCGAUAACAAGACGGAUUGGCUCAGGGAGCGCAGUUUUUCAAGGCUACUGCUACGAUUGUUUAUUUAUGUUUUGGAUCUAGUAAACAAAGACAGAGCGGCUGGACAAGCACAUUUUGGAAUGGCUGUUGCUUAGAAUGUUUUUUGUUUUGUUUCGGCUCUGGUAAGCAAAAUCAGAUCAGCUGGAAAAGCACAGAUUGGAGUGGCUGCUGCAAAGAAUAUUUUUCGUAUUGUUCUGGCUCUGGUAAACAAAGACAGAGCCGCUGGAAAUGCAUAGAUUGGAAUGACUGUUGCUAAGAAUGUUUUCAGAUUGUUUCGGCUCUGGUAAACAAAGACGAAGCGGCUGGAAAGGCUAAGAUUGGAAUGGCUGCGACAAAGAAAGUUUUUGUAUUGUUCCAGCUCUGGUAAACAAAGACAGAGCGGCUGGAAAUGCAAAGAUUGGAAUUGCUGCUGCUAAGAAUAUUUUUCGUAUUGUUCCUACACUGGUAAACAAAGAUAGAGCGACAAGAAAAGUUGCUAUUGCUAAGCAAUUAGGAUAUAUUGACAGUUCUACACGAACACUACCUUAGCAGGAGGCUUCAACCCUAACCUUAAACCAUGGGAGAACAGAAUCGAUUUUUGAGAAGGGCACGAUAAACGCGAUUUUCCGUUACUAAUAUCGACAAAUUCGCCCUGUGAAGAGUGAUACACAGAUGCUCGUGUUUUGUUUUUAUUUGGGUGUUCAGGGGUGCCAAGUGCAUUGAUAUUUGUAAAAUGAUUAUAAUUUUUUUAUUUGCGUGUUUUUUAACAACUUUUUAAUGAGUACUGAGAAUUAGUAACUUUCCCGUAGAUUUCUACUCAAAUGUGAAAUUAAUAGCCUCAUUCAUUUGAACGAAACAAAAAAAACAAAACAAAGUCAGUCAUUGAUCUAUCCUUGUGAGUGACAAACGUGUCUGAGUGAAUCUCUGAAUUCAGAUUCGAAAGAAUCUUAAAAUCACGACAGUUAAUAGCUCAAAUCUUCAACAAGAACUGAUGACAAAUUGGAAAUCUUUAUAAACUUUCUGAUUAAUCAAUUUCCAAUUCUUUCAAGUGAAGUAAGCGAUAGUUAAAUUUUCAACAAAUAUCAAAAUUUUUCAACAAUUUCAUUAAGCUAGUUGACUUUGCUAGUGUAUUAAAACAAAUUUAUUUAAAAAAAUUCAAUCAAUAAAAUCUAAACAAAUACGUUUGAAUGGUUGCCUCCCCAAUCCAUUUUUUUUUUUCUAUCAUUAAUUUGAUCGUUAGCUCAGUUUGCCAUUCAGUUGUCACCUGAGCCGAUGUCCGCGAGUUCGAGCCUAAGAGUAAACAUUGAACAUAGUUGUGUUGGACAAGUUUUUCAAUAUCUUUUUUGUCAUGAAGAAACAAAAAAAAUUAUCAUUAUAAUUUGGACAUCGUUUUUUUUUCAUUGUGCUAAAUAUUCAGCUGCCAAACUUGAAAUGUCGUAAUCAGUAAUUUGUGUGAUUACGAUUAUUGUGUGGUUCUCCAAGUUAUUAAAAAAUUAAAAUUUCUGAAAAAUUACGAUACAAUUGAAUGCCCCCAUAACUGUUCGAUCCAGCGAUCCAGUCAGUCCUGUCCUGAAAAAGCGCAAAGAGUUUUAAUUUUGUAUGGAAAUUUGUAAGGGAAAACAAAAUUUUUCAUUCAAAAAUUGCUAGAGAUGUGCUGAAAGUUCCAAAAAAUCAACUUUGGAUGAAAAAUAUUCCUUGAUUCUUGUAGUAGAAUUCAUGUGAACAAAGCAAAAAACCUAACUUGUACCCCAGAAAAGUAAUUCGAUGUUAUACAAAAAAAAAAUCAAUUAUUAAAGAUUUUUGCGUUUUUGUUUGGUUUUUUGAAAGCUGUUCAACUGUAGGAUGGAAAAAAAAAAUCUCAAAAAACUGCUUUACAUUGCAAGAGAAUUUAUUGAUUAACCUUUGCAAAAACCUUUCAUGAAAUUAUUAAAAGCUCUAGCAAGCAAAGUCUGCCGUUUAUAAAUACUUUUCAGUGGGUUCAGAUUUUUUUUUAUUUUGAAAUGGUUAUAACCUUUUUCAUAAAAUUCUUAGCUGCUUGUCAUGUUACCAAAAAAUGAAGCAAAAGAAAAGUCAAAACCAAAAAUCAACGACCAACUUCAUUUCAAGCUUAUUUGAAUCUUCUUCCAUACAAAAUUGAAACGCGUUGCGCUAACUCAAGAAUCAACAUAAUCAUCUUAAAUUUUACACUGAUUUUUUUUUUUGGGAUUUUAAACCCUUAGGUUUAUUCAUCCCCAAUUUUACACUGAUGCUUGGUGACCCAAAAGGCAUCGAAAAAACAUAGGGAGCAAAAAGUUAUUUUUUUUUUGCAGCGGUCAAAUGACCUUUGCUUAUGUAAUCAAGAAGAACUUUUUGAAUAUAAUCAAAGCUAAUGAGUAUGAAAACUAAAAAAUGAAAAUGGGAACAAAAUUAAGCCCAACAUAUAAAUAAUUUUAACCUUAUUUCAAUGUUUAACAACGCCAGGUUAUUGUGAAAAGUCCAAUCUGAAUUCUAAAUUAUGAAUCUAAACUAUACAAAUACAGAAUAAGAGUCUAAUUAAUAAACAAAACCCAAAACAAAAUUGAACGUGAACGAAAAAAACACCACCCGUUUAAGUGAAAUUCACACUUUUCAAUUCGAAAAUAACAUGCUACAAAGCAUGAAUCAGUCUAACAAGCAACGAAAAAAAGCAACUAGCCGAGGGCGGAGUCCAAUUGGAUUUCUCCGUAGCCCACUUUGAUCAGUUCGAUCGCCCGGGCACAUUUUUUUCCGACAAGUGUAUGCAAGUAGCUUGUGUGCAAGUUUUCGACCGAUCGCACGCAAGCCUGAGGGCUUCUUUGAAAGACUGCACACAAGGCUUUCAUGCGACUGCCGGAACUAGGUCUGUUCAAUUACAAUUUAUUUCAGUUGAUAGAAUGAAAGUGAAAGUUACAAUUUCGAAUUUGAUUUUUUUUUAAAUAAGUGAAAACAAGUUUGAUUAAUAUUUGAAAAAAAAAAGUCUGUUGCCACGUUGCGAAAGAUUGUCAACAAUAUGACGAUUUGACACUGUAACUUUGACAUUUCUCUAUCAAUAUAAGGAAUCUUCCAUGUUUGUUAAUCUAUCGCAGUUGUUAAAGCCUUCUGAUGGGGCGGAGAAGAGUUUUCCCUUAAAACCAUCGUACUCAAAACUACUUAUGUUGUUAAUGUUUUGUUUCCUUACCCAUUUUUAAUCCCUCGAUCAGAGUAUCGGCCCAUGUAGUAAGAUGUUUCCUUUCCCUCCAUUGUUUGUUGAACAAUUUGAAGUAAAUCGAAAAGGAGCACUGUUUAUUUUUUUUACGGCUAGGAUUGUAUUCAGUUUUUAUAGGAAGAAGUUUUUGUAAACAAAACAAAAAUGCUGAACAAAUUGAUAUUCGUCUGAGAUAUUAAUAUCGGUGGGCUAGACCCGUCGGAAACCCUCCUUUAUAUAAAUAAUUAAUAUUAUUAUGUUAAUCUGUCAGCGUCGUCAGUUACGUUCUAAGAGUUUAAUUAUUACACACACACUAAACGGAAUCAGACAAUGAUAAUGAAACAAGUGGAAAGAAACAAAACAAAUCAGAAAAAAGCAAGACGCUACUGAAUUACAAAAAAAUAGAUCAAAAAACAAAUAAACACAUCCGCACUUUGUAAAUAGAGAUAAAAAAAAUGAAUCGAAAGAGAAAAAAAUAUAGUUAAAAAAGAAACUUUAAUUUAUUCAACGACGGAAUUACAACUGCUGGUGCAAGCGCUGUAGGAACUAUUAUUAUUAUUAUGAUUAUUAUUGCUAUUAAUAAAACUAUCUUUAUUAUGAUUAUUAUUAUUAUGGAUUAUUAUUAUUACUGCUGUAUGAAAAAGCGAUUAGUUUCUAAGUAGUUAAAUGGUACCAAUCAACCAAGAUGCAAUACACAGGCAACAUUUGGAACUAAUUUCCCAAGCUGAAAAAAAAACAUCACAAUCAUUAAAGAGAGAACUCUAAAAGUAUUGAAAGUCUCCAGAAAAAAAAAAUCAUGCGUUUCUAUUUGUUUAAGUUUGUCAAUGACAGCUCCAGUUUAUUUUUCGUUUUUGUUUUAAAUUUACCGAUUAGACCGCGCUAAGAAGCAAGGCUUUACUUUUGUUUUGGUUUUUAUAGAUUGAUUGAAAAAAAAAUCAUUGAAAACGAAUUAAAUAAAAAUCAUGCCACUCACGCAAUUUAACAACAAAUUCGGAUUACACAGGGAUUAUUUAAAAGGAAAACCGAACGUAAAAUAUCUUUACGCUACCCGCUAAUGUUGUAACACUCGCAGAAAAAGGGCAGUCUCAUUUUUUUUAUUUUGGCUCUUUGGUUAUUUGAUGAUUUUUACCCAAAUUUUAUUGUGAGAUAAAAGCUCAGUCCUAAAUGUAUGUAGAAAAAAACAGCCCACGGCUUUGAAUUGUGUAUAAAUCUCUCUAAAGUUUCUAGUGCAAGCAAACCUAUUUGAGGCGGAUUAGUUAAAAAAUAACACCUGCUGAAACAUGGAAGCCCGUGGGUUGAUGAAAAAACAAUAGCAGCGUUGUAUUUUUCUUUAAAUUUAAUUCAGUUCGUACUUGCAAUAAGAGUAACUAAAAACUAACGAAAAGAUUUUCAAGAAAACCCAUUAGCCAGAAAUAUGAAAUGAAAUUUUAAGCAUUCCGAGAUGAUACACUAUUUUACCAGUUACAAACAAAAACGAGAAAGAACGAAAGAGACAGAGCGAGAUAAGUUUAAAAAAAGCUUUCUCAGGCUGCAAGAAGAAUCCAGCAAAGUUUUGUAGAAAAAAAAUUACAAAAUGAGUAGUAAAGCUGCGGCGAAACCAUUAUUGGAUUGUGGCUAACAUUGAAAACAAGCAAAAACAAAACAAAAAAAAACCUGUACAGAGAAUUCAAACAAAUGUAAAAAAAAAACCAACAAACCGUAGCAUAAAUCCAUAGAAUAACCAACCUGAAAGGCGAAAUCGGACGGAAAAUUGGCCAAGAAUGAGAGAUCACGACAAAGUGAAAACAAAACUCAAAAUCGCAAUAAACAACAACAGGCAGAAUCGAAGCAAAAAUAA